CGACAUGUUGCGCACGCCGGUAGCCCAUGCCGAAAUGAACGACGCCAUUGCGUUCCUACAGCGCCAGAUCGACGGCCUAAAGUCGAAGGAACCACAAUGCAUUGAAGAGCUAGAUGCAGCCAUAGACUCCCCCGACGUAUCCAUGGAGGAUUUGCUUGUGUUCGACAAGGGCCAGUUCCCAUUGACACGCGAGUUGUGGAACACCAUUGGGCCAAAGGUACCACCAGCGCUUGUACAGGCAUACCACGAGUACAAAGCACUACGACAAUUGGCAGCGUCCUCGGCACCCCAUGACAGAGUCGACCACGACUCGAUGGUACCGUCGACGCCGACUGCAUCCGUUAAAAACGACGAAGUCGAUGGGGACAGUACGCCUAUUCCCGCCGAGGUCUCGUCGACACCGUUGCCCGCUCCACCUCGGACGGUUGAAGAGGACGACACCGCGACAGUCGCGACCACGACCUCGCAUCCACCACGCACUUCCACUCGCAUUCGAUCAAAGCAGCUAGAACCGCCGCCGCCACCGCCAUCGCCAUCGCCGUCAACCCGCGCGACGUCCGUGGCCGAGAAUCACGACGAAGAAGAAGACCCAGAUAGCGAGUCCGACAUGCACGCGCCCCUGGUGAACCUACGGAAACGACCUCCCCUCCAGGUGGACGAUCGUGACAAUGAUGACACGCCAAACGAUGACGACGGUGACGACAGCGGUGACGACGCCGACUCUGCGUCGUCCACCAAGCAGUCCAAGUCUAAACGUCAAUUGGGCAAACUCGGUCGUCCGCGCAAAGGGGCGCCGGCUCGGGGGUCGGCUGUCCGCGCGUCGGCUCGCCAGGUGUCCAAGCCAUCCACGGAUGACGACAAUAUCACAUCCUCCCCAUCGAAACCAUCGGUAGCUGCCGCCAGUCGAAGCCGCAAAAAGAAGGCCGCCGCUGAACCAAUCACGCAGCAGGAUGAAACGACUCCCACGAGACGCAAGUCGGCGCGACGGGCAGCCGCGUCGGCCGCCGCCGCCGCCGCCCCGCCCCCUCCGACAAAGACUGCGACCCAGCGCAAGAAGAAACACCAUCACGACCACAGCGACGGAUAGAAGAAUAAUCCGUAGAUAAUAAAGUAUUACCCAUCU